UCGAACGCCUCUGCUAUCAAUCGAGCAAUUAAUUUUUAAUUUAAUUCUUUAAAUUACAAUAUUGAUUCAAUUUCCCAACUGCCAAAAGCUUCGGCAACUAAAUAAGUCUUACACAUAUCAACAGUUGUAAAAUUAGUGUGUAUUUUGUAGUAUUUGUAGAAUGCUGUGAAGUGUGCGAGCGAAUGAAGCGAAUAAAGAAAUAUUUUCGUAAAAUGAGUUCCCAAUGUUUACCCGUGCCCACAAUGGAAGAAGUAACUCAACCUCCGGACACUCAAAUACAGUCCUUGCCAAAUGAAAUUGUAUACAAAAUAUUGCUCUAUUCUGAUUGUCCUGAUAUUGUUUCAUUUGGAGCUACAUGUAAGCGUUUUUGGGAAUUGAUUGAAGACAAUGAAAUCCUUUGGAGAAAAAAAAUCAAGUCUAUAUUACCACCUGUAAUGUAUGAUACAGUAUACAAACAUUGUAAUGGUGAGUGGCUGAGUAUGGUCAAAGGAUUUCACAAAGUCAAGAAACUUAUUUAUGCUGAAAUUUUAGCCAUGUCACCUAAAUUUUAUUGGAAAUGUAAUGAUGUCACGCUAGAAGACGUAGGUCCAUUUUUCAAUAUUGCAUUAAGUGACAAUAUGUCAUAUUAUUAUGUGAUUUUUAUAUUGCAAGAUUUAAUUGCAAAAGGAAAUGCGCAAAUUGAAAAGAAGUGUCCUAAAAAACCUUUUACCAUGACCGAAAUGUACUAUGCAAAGGUGGUUCUGCGCUACUUGAUCCAUGCAUUCCUUGCCUUAAAAUGGGUAAGAGCACACAAGAGAAAUGAGCUGCUUCCGGAAAUUGUUGUAAAUUUCUUCCUACAGUGGAUAGAUACUGUAAACCUGUAUUCAGAUACAGAAAUGGAAAAGAGUUUAAGUGAUUUGGCUGAUAAAGUCAAAGUUAUAAUUAACAGACAAAAACCUGAACUGGCAACCAAAACUAUUGAAGAGUGUUGCUCUCAACAAUUAGUUGAUGAGAAAAUAGUAUUCAAAGCUAUUGCUAUGGCGAUUUACCAGAUACCGCACAUGGCUAUAACAAAUACCACUAGCUUGGACACCCUAAACAUUGUGAAGGUUUUGAAGCUAAGGUGUUCCGACCUAAUUAUUGUUGGUAUUAUAUAUCAAUCCGUGGCGAAGCGUUUCGGUGUGCACAGCGAGUUGAUCUCGUUCCCAUACCACUUGUUCUUAGAGUGGGUGGACACCACAGACGUGACGCGCCCGCUCGUCUACACCAUUGACUUGGACACGGGGGAUAUGAAACCGAAGCGACGUUGCCCCUUCUCUGGCACUCAAACCAGCAAACUGAAUAAGUACUGCCCGGAUUCAUUGCUGAAAUACAUAUACACGGCAUUCCAAGUCACCAUGGGAGCUAUCAAAAACUGGAAUACACAAAAUGCUGUGUUCCUGUUAGACUUUGUGGGAAACAGCAACAACCAAAUAAACCGUUACAGAAACUUUCUUCCUUACCUCUUCGAUUAUAUGGAUGAUCAUGCUUUGGAGACGCCGCUUGAUAUUACUUACCUGGAUUAUUCACACAUGGAACUCAUCAAAACGAUAGCUUACUUAGACCCGCCUCUUGAACCUUUCUAUACCAAAGAGGUGGUGGCAAAAGGUCACGCCAGUAACGUAAAAUACGCAGUGGGAAUGAUUUGUUAUCAUAAGAAAUUAGAAUAUGUGGGCAUCAUUCGAGACUGGGACUUGAGAUGCAAUCCGAAGUUGGCCAAACGCACAGAAUCUGAAUUAAAUUUGGAAUACAGUAAGGACCAACCAUUCUACUAUCUUGUGGCAGCGGACCAGUCCGCCCGAUAUGUUGCUCAAGAAAACCUUGUUGAAAUAAUACAUCCUACCCGACUAUACCACUUGGAAGAUGCCGUUGCACGAGAGUUCUCUCACUUUGACGGCUUCUGUUACGUGCCAAAUGACGAAAAGAAGGCUGAAUAUCCUGAUGAAGCACCAAUCGCAGCUCUGUACCGCAAUCGUUCUUAUUAUAGGCAAUAAAUAUCGCUGUAAUUUUUUCAUGUACUAUUUUCCGUCAUUGAUAUUUAUGCAAAAUAGUGAUUGAUUGUAUUACUGUGAGAUAAAUAUUUAUUUAUCCAAAAUUUGCCACUCUUGUGGCGGAGUUUUGGGCUGACACUGUAGGUUUGUUGUCGACACGAAAAAAAAAAAAGAAGAUCCAAAAUUUAACUCAUUAUGCAGUAGUUAUGUAAAACUUAUACCUACCACAGUAGGUACCUACGCACAUCGUACAGAAAAACGUAGUGUUGAUGUUUUCUUUCGUAAAAUAACUUAUAAUAUUCAGUCAUAAUCAAUAAUUAUAAUUGUUUUAGACGCAUUUAUCCGCAAAAAUAUGUACUUCCAGAAUUUUAUUCAUAAAAGAUAAGUUUAAUCUUGAAAAUUAACUAAUUUAUGAUGUACUUAUCGUUUUCACUUUAAUUUUAUUUAUUAGUAAUGGUUUUUCCCCAGUGAUUAUCUUACACAAUCUCAGCUUGCCUACUUGUUUAGACAUGUUACACAUUUCGUGUAGGUAUGUAGAUUCCGUAAUGGUUACACAUUUGCUGUACUUAUUGAUAGUCGUAUUUUAAAAACAAUAAAUUAAUAUUGUGUAGCAGGUAACUAUAUUGACCUGUCCAUCUAUGUUCUUAGACAAAUAAAAAACCAUAGUAUGCUGUUUAUAGGAUUGUGGGAAAUAUUUAUCACAAUUAAUUGUAUGUAAUAUUCAACUGCUCAUAAUUUGUAGUGAGGCACUAUUUUGUAUCAAAAUUACGUAAAAUACAUAUAACUAUCCAGGGUUCGAAAUUAUCAAGAUAAUUACGCUUCAUGAUAAUUAUCAACAGUAUAUGAUACUUUAUUUUUUAUUUUAGACCAUUGAAUUUUUAUUAGGUAUGAAUGAUACAUUUGUCAUAUUGUUUCAUAAGAAAUUAUGAUUGCGAAUUUUGCUUUAUGUUUUUGGUUGCCGAUUGUUGUCAAGUUAUCCAUCGCUAGUCGCGUAAAGCUUGGAAAAUAGAUAAAUAUUUUGCUAGUGAUCAUUGUGGAGCUAAAUAGAUAAGUUUUAUAACUUAUCUAUGGUACCUAAUUAACGCUCAUCACUAGACGCAUGUGCGACACGUUCGAAAACUUCGAAUACUGCCCCCUUAGACAAAACGCACUUUUUGAUCGAAUCCGUCAAAACUCCAUACAAAAAAGGGGCUUUUCGACCACUUUUCGACUGGUUUGCGAUUAUAAUUUGCACUUUGUCUAGACCCACAGGGUAUUUUCACGAGCGCAUUUUUUGUUAUUCUCAACUGGUAUUCAUCUGUUAUUAUCACGAUAAUUAUAGUGAUAAUUAUCCUUUCGAACCCUAUAUAUCUAUAUUCUUGACGAUUAUAAUAAUAUCCGUACCAUUUUUCAAUACAUUUAUACCUAUGUUUUCCAGAUACUUGUUUCACUUUUAUAAUGUACCGAACUUUUAUUUCAUAGGAUUAAAUGUACCUAAGUACGGGGAAUAUGUAUGUAUGUGUAAUAGGAAUUAAUGUUUCCUUCCAUGUGAUAGAUGUGAUAUAAUUUAUUCUUAAGUCCUAACCCAACGGUCCACUUAUGGACCGCUGGUUUGGGAAAUUCGGCCUGAGUAUUGUAUCUGUAACUGUGUAAGAUACUUGGAUAUUAAAAAUAAAACACUAUAAAAUCAUUCAAUUUGUUUAUUUUUUUGCUGUGCUCAGUGGUUGCUGACAAUUUUAGAAACAAGUUUUUAUAGGUCAAUCAUUUACACAUUAAGUUUCUUCCAUAGUCAUCAUUUUUAUCGCAAUGGCACUUCUAAUGAUCGGCCUUCAAUACUAGAGAUACUUAAGUAUCAGUUACCUCUAGUGAUUAUUUUUAUAGAAAAAAAAUGUUAAGUACACAAAAAAUUAUAAUGACAAAAAUAGAUAGGUUUGCAUAUACAUUUAUCAAGAUUAAGGUAACCCCUAUACCAGUAUGACCUCGUUAGCAAAAUUUCUGAGGUAAUUGGUUUUACCUAAAUCAAAACAAAA